UUUCACGUCCUUAUGGAACCGUCCCGGUUUCCCUCUCUUCCUCCCGUCACCUGUUUGUAGGUGAUUUGGGGUUGGAAACGGAAGGGAUCCGGUAAGAGAGAAAUGAUCCAAGAAGGAGAAGGAAAAAAAAAAGUUCAACACAAAUCCAGCCACGCAGCAAAAGCCCCCACUUCUGCCUCUCGGCUGGGUAGGUUUCAGUCUCACGGAGGGAAACGCACAUGUACACACGCCCCUAAAGCCCACACAGACAGAACCCCUCCGUGGAGACGCCGGUGACAGGAAACUCGCUUCUGCACAGGAACUUGCUAAUCGCUUUUGUCACCCUCGGACUGUUCCCGCUGCCUUAGUCACCUCCAACCCCCAGGCCCACCGCCUCGGGCUGGGCUCUCCCGGUGUGGUCCAGGGCUGCCCUCGGUCCUUCCACGUGACUCACUGGGAGCCGUGGGGAGGACAGAGGGAGAGGUGGCUCCCCAGAGGACCUCACAGCCGCGAUCGAUAGGCUUCAGCUCCACCGACUUCUGCAUGGCUGUGGGGAGCAGCUUAGAUUUCCGGAGUCAGUCAUCUUGGUGUUGAGACAUCCGUUUGGCAUUCUACGACAGCUCCAAAAAGUGGCUGGGAUCCGCUAGAGGCUGAGGCCACACACGCCCAGCUGCCUUCACCCGGCUGCCUUCCUGCUUCUUGGCCAGUCAAGAGGGGUUUACCAGUGUCGUUCACACACCAGUUGUCAACCAAGCUUCAGAGGUUUUCCAAGCAGUCGCUGCCUCUCACACCUGGGUGGACCGGAGAAGGAACAUCUGUCAUUGAUGCCCGAGAUUCUGAGAACAUAAACCCGGGUUGCCAUCUUCUUACUGGAUGGAGCCUGCCGCAGCAGCCCACUGAGGGUUACUUCCCUUAGGACCCUGGACUCAUCCGUGGGACUUCAGAUAGGGAAGAUGCUGAGUUCUAUCAAAUGCGUGUUGGUAGGGGACAGCGCUGUGGGGAAAACUUCACUGCUGGUGCGCUUCACCUCUGAGACCUUCCCGGAGGCCUACAAGCCCACUGUGUACGAGAACACCGGCGUGGACGUCUUCAUGGACGGCAUCCAGAUCAGCCUGGGCCUCUGGGACACUGCCGGCAACGAUGCCUUCCGAAGCAUCCGCCCCCUGUCCUACCAGCAGGCGGACGUGGUACUCAUGUGCUACUCCGUGGCCAAUCACAACUCAUUCCUGAACUUGAAGAACAAAUGGAUUAGUGAGAUCAGGAGCAACCUACCCUGUACCCCGGUGCUGGUUGUGGCCACACAGACUGACCAGAGAGAGGUAGGACCCCACAGGGCCUCUUGCAUCAAUGCCUUAGAAGGGAAGAGACUUGCCCAGGAUGUGCGAGCCAAGGGCUACCUGGAGUGCUCAGCUCUUAGCAACCGGGGAGUACAGCAGGUAUUUGAAUGUGCGGUCAGAACGGCUGUCAACCAGGCCAGGAGACGAAACAGAAGGAAGCUCUUCUCCAUCAAUGAGUGCAAGAUCUUCUAAACCCCAACACCGACAUUCGUGAACGUACCUCAAGGACUAAGGGGAGAGGGGAAGGUGCCAAGCCAAGGGGCUUGCUGCUCUUUCUUGGCACACUUGAACAGCAUUUCUUUCUGGAUGGAGUUAUCAAGAGGGUCGGUCACCAAUGCUUCCGCUAACUGUACUCUACAGAUAAACUCUUCGCCCAACACAGCCAGAGAGAUUCCUUGGGAAGCCAAAUGAAUAGUCCAUCUUCAAUGAAAAACUAAACAACCAUCCUAAUUUAGACAAUGAAGUGAAUUUCCCAAGUAUGUAAUAUUUAAACUCACGUUUUAUUUAAAUAACAGUAGUUAGCCAUGUAGCUUUUGUUUUCAUGCUUGGGAAGUCUUUUCUUUGAAAAGGCAAACUGCUGUAUGAGGGAAAUAACCUUGUGGGGCUCAGCCAUAUGUCUGUGGUGUUAUUAUUUACUCCUGAAUUGAAUUUGGUUGAAACUAUUUGUGUGCUGUGUUUUUCUAGAUAAUCAAACUUUCAGAUGACCAUAAACGGGUCCCUGGAACUCAUUUUCCAUUUCCCUAUUAUUCAGAAUUGUGUAUAAAUGCAGCUCCAGACCGUAAGGUAUUUUAACACUGCCAAAUGAUUUGGAACAGUUACUAAUUUUUCUCUGAAAUUGCAAAGAAGUAUUUCUUAUUUACGAUAUUACCUGUCACUCAAAGGACUCCAGUUACAUACCAAGUAUCCCUUUCUCACUCACUAAGACAGAGGUGGAAGGAAAAAUCUUUCUGCUAGAGAGUCACACCGUGCAAAAUGAUAGCAGUGGACCUGGGCACAGAUGCACCGGACCCUCCUCCUGCCUGGGUCUCCUGACCUGUGCUUUCUGACUGAUUACAAGGUCUCAGGAGAAGAGGACGGGCAAACGUUCUGAACAAUAAUUAAUUGGACAAAGUUCUCAUUUAAACUCUAAAUUGGAUGACAUGACCCCAUCAUUUAUUAAUUUUAGGACAGAAUUAAAAUAAUUAGAAAGGCACCUGUGUACGUAUGUGGGUGUAAAUGUGUCCAAGGGGGGAGGCAGGGUUUGUAGCUUUUACUGUUUCAUGAAUAGAUAUUCACUUGUGAAAAACAUUACAAGUCCCAAGUUCAGAGAAUGAGAAAGGCUGUAGUAAUUACUCAGAUAAUAGAGGUUCCCAGGGGCAAUGCUGAAUGAAUAGGGCCAUGUGCAGCUACACAAGCCUCCUUCCUAGUUGUUUGAAAGCAAUGUGUCACUCACCCUUUCUACUGCCAGAUUACCAUUUCCUGUCCCAAUCUAGUAACUGGGAACCACUUGAGCCGCCUUUCUUGGAGCCCGAGGGUUGUGUGGUUGUCCACGUGAAGGGCGAGGAGCCCGAAGGAGCGACUCCACUGAGGAUUAUGCUAACAUAAGCAAAUCAGUUUAUCGCACUGAUUCUCUGGCUGGUUCUUUGGGGUGGCAAUCUGGUAAACAUAUCCUAGGACUUCCCCAUGCUGCCUUGUCCUCUGCCUCUCUUCCAUACCCACUCAAAAGCCUGGGACCUGGAUCGUGGUCUUGGGUAGAAGAAUUAGCCCCAUAUCCUAGGGCUGAUAGGUUUGCUUUCAGCUAAUCUCUCAGGACUCUGGCUCUGUGGCUUGUCCUUGCUUCUGGGCCACCUACAUCCCUUGACUUGGGAGCUCUUGUCUUCAGCUCAUGGCGAUAGGCAUCCUGAAGGUUGGAAUGCUGAAGAACUCACCAGGCAGGGGAGGAGACAGGAACUCAUUUCCUCUAUAUCCCUCUAAUUUUCUUCUUAUUUUCCAACACACAAAGGUUUUCUGUGGUGUGUGUGUGUGUGUGUGUGUGUGUGUGUGUGUGUGUGUGUGUGACUUCGUGGAGGAAAGGGCGUACUUCACAGGGCCGUAUGUUUAGUUUUGUGUGCCUACACGAAGGAGCAUGAUUCUUCCCCUUCAAUAUUUAUGGUGCUUUUUUUGUAUGCUUCACUUUGAUUAUUCCAAGUGGCAAAAUUAAAUAUGCUUAUGUUUACAUGAAAAA